AUGCACUUGCACAUUUAUCGCCCCAAACAUAUCAAAACAAAUGCCACAAUUCCAAAAACACACUAUACAACAUCCGUACAGCCACUUGCUCGUCUAGGAGCCUUGGUGACAGGCAUCGAUGCACUUCCAGAAGCGAUUAAAGCAGCCCGUGAUCACGCAGCCAGCCAGCCGGAUGACACCUGGCCUUCCCUCCCAAAUGGAACAGGCUUCCGAUCUCCCACCUACCUCUGCACUAGUCUUCAUUCCAUGGCUGCUGAAUUGUCACCUGAUAAUCAAAACGGCAAGGCAUCUAUCAUCGGGGCUGGCACUCAUGAUAAAGAGAUGGCACUAACAUCUAAUGCUGAGGCAAGAUAUGAUGCUGUGGUUAUGUCUGAGCUACUGGAGCACGUGGAAGACUGGCGAAGCAUGAUUGAAGAAGCGAAUUUGCUGCUCAAGAGUCUCUCUUUUGCCCCGUAG